AUGGAUGAUCUUUACGACGAGUUCGGCAACUUUAUUGGGGAGGCUGAAUCUGAGGACGCAUCCGAGGCCGGCGUCGAGGCCGGCGCCGAGGCGGGCGACUACGUAUACGAUGAUGAACCCCAAGAGACCGGGGAGGUCACGGGGGAGGAGCUCAUGGAACUGGAUGACGGGCCGUCCAAUGCCGUUGUUCUCCACGAAGACAAGCAGUACUACCCGACUGCCCAGCAGGUAUAUGGUGAAGAUGUCGAAACACGCGUGGAAGAGGAGGACGCGCAGCCUCUCAGCGAGCCCAUCAUCGCACCAAUCGAACAAAAGAAAUUCACCAUCGAGGAAGCGGACUUGCCGCCUGUUUUUUCUGAGCGCGAAUUCAUGACAGACUUGAUGAACCUGCCUGAACAGACUCGAAAUGUGGCACUAGCUGGACAUUUGCACCAUGGUAAAACUUCAUUCAUGGACAUGCUCGUUCUGGAGACGCAUGACAUCGCAGGCGACUUGGAUAGGCGAAGCGGGCGAAAGCGCGACGAGAAGCUACGGUACACCGAUAUUCAUACUUUGGAGCGCGAGCGAGGAAUCUCGAUCAAAUCAUCUCCCAUGAGUCUUGUCCUGCAGAAUGUAAAGGGCAAGUCUCACCUGGUCAACCUCAUUGACACGCCUGGCCACGUCAACUUUGUCGAUGAAGUUGCCGUCGCUUUCAGGUUGGUCGAUGGUGUAUGCUUGGUCGUGGAUGUCGUGGAGGGUGUGCAGGUCAACACGGAGCAGAUCAUCAAACAUGCGGUUCUGGAGGAUAUUCCUCUGACGCUCAUCAUUAACAAGAUGGAUCGGUUGAUCUUGGAGCUGAAGCUGCCGCCCAAGGACGCCUAUUUUAAGCUCAAACACGUUGUUGAGGAGGUCAACACCGUCAUCACCGAUGCUGUGCCUACGAAGGCUGCCGAGAAGCGGAUCUCCCCUGAAAAGGGCAAUGUUUCCUUCUCCUGCACCGACCUCGGCUGGUGCUUCACUCUGCAGUCCUUUGCUCACAUGUACACCGAUACAUACGGCGACGUCAAUACCGAUGAGUUUGCUCGGAGGCUCUGGGGCGACAUCUACUUUAACCCUAGAAAGCGGUCAUUUACACGGAAACCUGUGGAGGAUGGUGCUGCACGGUCAUUCGUUCACUUCGUUCUCGAGCCCAUAUACAAGCUCUUUACACACUCCAUCAGCGCCGCACCCGAGGACUUGAAACCGGUUCUAGCGUCUUUGAACAUUCAUCUCAAGCCUGCGCAAUACAGGGCAGAUGCCAAGGACAUCUUGAAGGCCGUGUGCCAGCAGUUUUUCGGCCCCUCGACAGCAUUUGUUGACAUGAUUGUUCGACACGUCCCGUCUCCGAUUGCGGGCGCACAGAGACUGUUGGAGCGAGCAUAUAGCGGUCCACUCGACACAAAGGUUGCACGUUCAAUGAGGGCGUGUGACCAUGAUGGUCCACUGGUCAUCCACGUCACCAAGCUGUUCAACACCUCGGACGCCAAGAGCUUCUACUCAUUCGGCCGCGUUCUGAGUGGCACUGCGCGACCUGGCAUGUCAGUCCGGGUGCUCGGAGAGGGCUAUUCUCUAGACGAUGAGGAAGACAUGACCACUGCCACCCUCGGUCAAGUCUUCAUCGGGGAGACUAGGUACAACGUUGCCACCGACCGUGUGCCGGCAGGAAACCUGCUGUUGUUGAGCGGCGUGGACAACUCAAUCGUCAAGUCUGCGACUAUCGUAGCCCCCAAGUUUGAGGAUGACGAGGAUGCGUACAUUUUCAGGCCCGUCACACACUUUACUGAGUCGGUCCUCAAGGUCGCAGUGGAGCCCAUCAACCCGUCAGAGCUGCCCAAGAUGCUGGACGGGCUGCGAAAAGUGCAGAAGUCGUAUCCGCUGAUUGAUACAAAAGUGGAAGAAUCCGGCGAGCAUGUCAUCCUGGGCACGGGGGAACUCUACAUGGACUGCGUGCUCCACGAUCUCAGACGGCUGUAUGCCGACAUGGACAUCAAAGUAUCUGACCCGGUGACGCGCUUCUGCGAGACGGUGGUAGAGACGUCGGCGACAAAGUGCUACGCCAUCACACCAAACAAGAAGAACAAGAUAACCAUGGUUGCGGAGCAGUUGGAAAAGGGCAUUUCAACGGACAUUGAGAAGGGCGCUGUCAAGAUUCGCGACCCCAUCCGAAAGACGGCCAAGUUCUUCGAGGAGAAUCACGGCUGGGACAAGCUUGCUGCGCGCAGCAUCUGGGCUUUCGGGCCAGAUGACCAAGGGCCCAACAUUUUGCAGGACGAUACUCUCCCUACCGAGGUGGACAAGAAACUUGUCAACACUGUCAAGGAGUCCAUCCGGCAGGGAUUCAGCUGGGCCACCAGAGAAGGUCCCCUUUGCGAAGAACCGAUCCGCAAUACCAAGUUCAAGGUGACGGAUGUGUCAUUGGCUGGGGAGGCCAUCUUUCGCGGCGGCGGGCAGAUCAUUCCGACGUCGCGACGAGCGUGCUAUUCCUCGUUCCUGAUGGCAUCGCCGCGACUCAUGGAGCCCGUGUACGCCGUGUCCGUGACUGGGCCCGAAGACUCGCACACCGAAGUGUACAACGUGCUGUCGCGGCGUCGAGGCCACGUACUGUCCGACGGCCCCGUGGCCGGCACGCCUCUGUACCGCGUCAACGGCCUGAUUCCCGUGAUUGACAGCUUUGGGUUCGAGACGGACCUGCGGAUCAAGACGCAGGGCAGCUCAAUGGUCAGCUUGGUCUUUGACAACUGGAGCAUCGUGCCCGGGGACCCGUUGGACCGGGAGCAGAUUAUCCGCCCGCUGCAACCUGCAUCGGCACAGGCGACAGCCAGGGAUUUUGUCCUCAAGACCAGACGGAGGAAAGGGCUCAGUGAGGACGUGAGUGUCAAGACCUUUUUGGAACCCGAGUUUUACCAGAGCUUGAUGGAAAGCGGCAUGCUGGGGGAUGCAUGA